AUGAUUCCUGACCUUAAUGUUUUGUUUGUACGGCCAGCUAUUGUUUAUGGGCCAGGUGAUCGCCAAGGACUUACUCCUCGUUUAAUUAUUGGUGCAAUAUACAAGUACAUCAGAGAGAAGAUGAAAAUGUUAUGGACCAAGGAACUAAAGAUGAACACUGUUCAUGUUGAGGAUAUUUGCCGAGCUCUCUGGUUUCUAUGCAAUCAUGGUAAAACUGGAGAAGUUUAUCAUAUAGUAGACAAAGGGGAUACAACUCAAGGGAAAAUCAGUGAAAUAGUCUCAACAAUAUUUAAUAUACAGCAUGAGUUUGUUGGUUCUAAAAUGUCCACCAUAGCUAAGUUGAAUAUGAACAAUAUUGUGGAAGAAAUCAAUGACAAACAUAUGGAACCAUGGGCAGAUGCCUGUCAGAGAGAUAAUAUCAUGAAUACUCCUCUGAAUCCUUUUAUUGAUCAGGAACUUCUAUAUAACAAGCAUCUUCAUUUGGAUGGGUCCAGACUUGAAGCCCUUGGAUUUGGCUAUCAGAAACCAGAACUCACGAUAGAAUCAAUGCAAGAAGUGCUUGAAGAUUACCUACAUACUGGUCUCUUUCCACCAUCACUUCUCUCUGACCAGAAAUUAUGGACCAAGAUAUCUGAAGAUGAAGAGGCUGAAGAUGGCCAAUGA